AAGAGAGAGAGUAAAGAAAUGGCUGAAAUUCUUCUUACAGCAGUGAUCAAUAAAUCUGUAGAAAUAGCUGCAAAUCUACUCUUUCAACAAGGAACACGUUUAUAUUGGUUGAAAGAAGACAUCGAUUGGCUCCAGAGAGAAAUGAGACACAUUCUAUCAUAUGUAGACAAUGCAAAGGCCAAGGAAGUUGGAGGUAAUUCAAGGGUCAAAAACUUAUUAAAAGAUAUUCAACAACUGGCAGGUGAUGUGGAGGAUCUAUUAGAUGAGUUUCUUCCAAAAAUUCAACAAUCCAAUAAUUUCAUUUGUUGCCUUAAGACGGUUUCUUUUGCGGAUGAGUUUGCUAUGGAGAUUGAGAAGAUAAAAAGAAGAGUUGCUGACAUUGAUCGUGUAAGGACAACUUACAACAUCAUGGAUACAAGUAACAACAAUAAUGAUGAUUGCAUUCCAUUGGACCAAAGAAGAUUAUUUCUUCAUGCUGAUGAAACAGAGGUCAUUGGUUUGGAUGAUGACUUCAAUAUGCUAAAAGCCAAAUUACUUGAUCAUGAUUUGCCUUAUGGAGUUGUUUCAAUAGUUGGCAUGCCCGGUCUAGGAAAAACAACUCUUGCCAAGAAACUUUAUAGGCAAGUCCGUGAUCAAUUUGAGUGUUCGGGACUGGUCUAUGUUUCACAACAGCCAAGGGCGGGAGAAAUCUUACAUGACAUAGCCAAACAAGUUGGACUGAUGGAAGAGGAAAGGAAAGAAAACUUGGAGAACAACCUACGAUCACUCUUGAAAAUAAAAAGGUAUGUUAUUCUCUUAGAUGACAUUUGGGAUGUUGAAAUUUGGGAUGAUCUAAAACUUGUCCUUCCUGAAUGUGAUUCAAAAAUUGGCAGUAGGAUAAUUAUAACCUCUCGAAAUAGUAAUGUAGGCAGAUACAUAGGAGGGGAUUUCUCAAUACACGUGUUGCAACCUCUAGAUUCGGAAAACAGUUUUGAACUCUUUACCAAGAAAAUCUUUACUUUUGAUAACAAUAAUAAUUGGGCCAAUGCUUCACCAGACUUGGUAGAUAUUGGUAGAAGUAUAGUUGGAAGAUGUGGAGGUAUACCUCUAGCCAUUGAGGUGACCGCAGGCAUGUUAAGGGCAAGAGAAAGAACAGAACGUGCAUGGAACAGAGUACUUGAGAGUAUGGGUCAUAAAAUUCAAGAUGGAUGUGCUAAGGUAUUGGCUCUGAGUUACAAUGAUUUGCCAAUUGCAUUAAGGCCAUGUUUCUUGUAUUUUGGCCUUUACCCCGAGGACCAUGAAAUUCGUGCUUUUGAUCUGACAAAUAUGUGGAUUGCUGAGAAGUUGAUAGUUGUAAACUAUAGUGGUGAUAGGCGAGAGGCUGAAAGUUUGGCAGAGGAUAUCCUAAAUGAUUUGGUUUCUAGAAACUUGAUUCAAGUUGUCGAAAGGACAUAUGAUGGAAGAAUUUCAAGUUGUCGCAUACAUGACUUGUUACAUAGUUUGUGUGUGGAUUUGGCUAAGGAAAGUAACUUCUUUCACACCGAGCACAAUGCAUUUGGUGAUCCCAGCAAUGUUGCUAGGGUGCGAAGGAUUACAUUCUACUCUGAUAAUAAUGCCAUGAAUGAGUUCUUCCGUUCAAAUACUAAGCUUGAGAAGCUUCGUGCACUUUUCUGUUUUACAGAAGACCCUUGCAUAUUUUCUCAACUGGCUCAUCUUGAUUUCAAAUUAUUGCAAGUGUUGGUUGUAGUCACGUCUCGAGAUCGUUAUCAGCAUGUAAUUACUAUCCCAAACAAAAUUGGGAACAUGAGUUGCCUACGCUAUGUGCGAUUGGAGGGGAGACCUGAUGGGAAACUGCCAAAUUGUAUGGUGAAGCUCAAACAUCUAGAGACCCUAGAUAUUGGUAAAAGCUUCUUUAUUAAACUUCCUACUGGUGUUUGGAAGUCUACACAAUUGAGACAUCUUCGUUCUAUAGGUUAUAAUCUAGCACCUUACAAUUACUUUUGUAUAAACCCAUUUUUUCCAAACGUGUACUCAUUGCCUCGUAAUAAUCUACAAACUUUGAUGUGGGUGGAUGAUAAAUUUUGUGAACCGAGAUUGUUGCACCGAUUGAUAAAUUUAAGAACAUUGUGUAUAAAGGAUGUAUCCGGUUCUACCAUUAAGAUAUUAUCAGCAUUGAGCCCUGUGCCUAAAGCGUUGGAGGUUCUGAAGCUCAGAAUUUUCAAGAACACGAGUGAGCAAAUAAACUUGUCGUCCCAUCCAAAUAUUGUCGAGUUGGGUUUGUUUGGUUUCUCAGCAAUGCUCUUGAACAUUGAAGCAUUCCCUCCAAAUCUUGUCAAGCUUAAUCUUGUCGGCUUGAUGGUAGACGGUCAUCUAUUGGCAGUGCUUAAGAAAUUGCCCAAAUUAAGGAUACUUACAUUGCUUAGGUGCAGCCAUGAUGCAGAAAAAAUGGAUCUCUCUGGUGAUAGCUUUCCGCAACUUGAAGUUCUGCAUAUUGAGGAUGCACGCGGGUUGUCUGAAAUAACGUGCAUGGAUGAUAUGAGUAUGCCUAAAUUGAAAAAGCUAUUACUUGUACAAGGCCCAAUCAUUUAUUCCCCAAUUAGUCUCAGGGUCUCGGAACGGCUUGCAAUGUUGAGAAUAUAAAAAUCUCACAGGGAUGCCUUUGAAAAUGAUUUAAGUCUGUGUUGGAGAGAAUCUUCUGAUCGUAAAAG